AUGCCCAGCUACAUCACCAAAAUCGCAACGAUUCUGACACAAUUCUUCAAGGAGUUACAUGAGAUGACAGAUUGGGUAUUCACAGUCCUUAUGGGCGGACCAUAUCCCAGUAUGGGCGGGAUACUUGAUAUCAGUAGUUUCCAUGUUGGAACAACAAAGAUGGGCAAUCGGUUCAGCCAAGCAUACCCACAUUUUUCAGAGAAUAUUAUGAUACCUUAUACACAGUUUGUUGAACGCAUCUUUUCUGAGGCAGCCGUGCUGUCGAGAGGAAAAGGCUUGCUGCCUGGUUCUACAAUGUCAUCCACUUUGGUCAUUACUCCUGAACCUUCCUCCAAUCCAGAUAUAGUAGUCUCUAAUACAUCGACACCUACCCCUGCAAACAUUGCAGUCUUGACUUCCGAAUCCAAUCUAUUGCUUACAUCAGACCUUCUGUCCGAGUCUCUCUCACAAGACAAUGAUGCCUUUUAUUUCUUCUCCAGCACUGAUGAUUCCCUGUCCCCAAUGAAUAUGGGUGACAACACAUCACUUCCCACCCUUCCCAUGCCACCACAAGCUCACAACGCAAUCUAUCAAGUAGUAGCUCCCUCCAAUCCUUAUUACCCAAUUGAACCCACUCCAGCAUCUCCGGGCAUUCCUUAUUACCCAUUCAAGCCCACCUUCACAUUUCCUGCCUCUACUCCACCACCCAACCUGGCGCAUUCUUCCACUAGCCACAUCCCAUCAGGCACACUUCCCGCCCAAACUCCAGCAUCUGGUGGAUCCUCUUCUUGCAUGCAUCACAAUCAAAUACCACCUGCUGUGGAGGCUUCGCCCAUUGCUCCAGUCAGUACUGGGAAGCAUGCACGCAAGCCUUGA